AUGUCUCUUCUUGAAGAUACAAGCAUGAAGGCACACUGCUAUACAAUUGAUCAGUUGCUUCAUCUGAAGAGAUCUCUUCCAUUUGUUUCUUGUGUAAUCGACAACAUAAACAAGCACCCUGAUAUUGCUGCUAUAUUCACCCUUCCUGAGCAAGCAUUCCAAAAUCCCCACACUUACACUUGUUUGACCACAAUCCUCUCGAACCAACACAAGUAUACACGUCCUGAAGUUACAACGCGUCGCGGAGAAUCGUCUUCUUCUUCUUCUCAAUCAAUGCGCAGUCAAGGCAGUUGGUGUUUACGUCAAAACACCAACUCUGAAUCACGUCGCACCUUUGAUAAUCAAAUUCAACCACAUUCUGCGCCGACUAACGUAAAUUUGCAUCAGGCCGAGAACUUUCGAAGAUUCUAUAGAGCAGUUGUUUCUCCAACUCACGUAAGAGUUACUGCUGGUGGCCGCAUAGUUCCAAACACUAGAGCAAUGGCACCACCAUCAUUUGAGCCUAUUGGCAACAAGCAUACAUCCGAGUCUGCACAGAAAAUCAACGAGAUUGAACAAAUUGAUCGCAGCCGAGCUGCAAAUAGCAUUGCUGGUGACGCUCAAGCAUCUUUAAUUCCUGUUGGAGCACAAGGCCCUCCGGGAUUUCAUCCUGUCUUUCCUGGUUCUUUCCUACCACCUUAUGGUUAUUUUCAGCAAGGUGCACCGAAUAUGCCAGGCCAAACAUUUAGUCACCCAGGCCACACACAGCCUCUCCUUCAAAGCGCCAAUGGUAACGAUAGCACUAAUAGCUCUUUGCAACCAGUCAGAGUCUCUCAUCCUGGUCAAUUCGACCCAAAUCGUCCAUACAUGAUGGUCAAUAACCAGUUGUGUUUCCCCACCUCGGGAUUUCCUCAAUCUCCCAGCGGAUUUCCUUCCGGCUUGGUAGGAACCCCACCAUUUGUCCCUCCUAUGUUAGGCGGCCCUCCAGGACACCAUAUGCCUCACCCAAUGCUGGGUCCCAUUCCAUUUCCAAUGCCUCCAGGAAACUUUCCAGUACCCAUGAUGCAACAUCCUAAUGGACAAAUUUUCUCAAUGAUGCCACAACAAGCUCCAAUGUCGCCGAUGCCACCACUUCAAUUGACCUCCACCGAGCAGACUCUUCAACAACACCGAGAUCAUCUCAUGAUGCUAGAAGAUCACAUAUCCCGUCAAUCGCUACAAUUAGUUCCUUACUGGGCAACUCAACGCCAGGUUCUCCUGGGAGAGAUUGCGAGGAUGACGAAUUUACUUCAGUCUGAGCGUAACCAAUCAGGUAGCGCCCAAACUGAACAGGUGACGUCUCAAACCUCUGUCGAUGUUGGAAACUCACUUGAUACUUCAUCUAACACGAAUGAUAUUCGAAGUCCAGUCAUUGUCAGCUCUAGCCCAAGCACCACCUUACGCAGUCAGGAGCCCUCCGUCGCUUAUGCAAACUCAUCAACCACGCGAAGUGUUGAUUCUCCAACCAUUCCGCGAGCCUCCACUACUAAACUUGGAUCUGGCUCACGAUUGCCUGCUACAGCAGCAAUGGCCCCACCAUUCCAACCCCGUGGCUGCCGUACAGAUCUCAGUGCUGCUGAAUGGGAGGAUUUUGCGAGAGUGACAGAUCCUCGUCCGGGAGGUCAAACAUCACCACCAGCAACACCGGAAAACACUGCUCAAAGAUUGGCUCGACUUAUGGGCAAUUGUCAGACUCGCUGGGAGGACUCUGCUGCUGGCUCAAGCAUGAUCAGCAUGCCAAGAUCGCAGACAAUGCCUGUACCUCAAUUUCAAACCCAUGCAGCAUCCUUGCCAAGUUUCCAGAGAACUGAGACGCACCCUAUCUCUGUUUCGCAGAUGGCACAGAUGUCUUAUGGCCCUGCUAUGAGUUCAAAUAACACAAGUCUCCAACCAUACGCUCGAGUAAAUACUCAAAGCUAUGAUCCGGAGAGAUUUAUUGCUCAAAAAGAGUACUUUGGCAAUUCAGCAAGCAAUAUUUCAACCCUCGGCUCUUCUCGGCAAGCUCCAAGAUUUGAUACUGGUAGACAGACACUCGCACAAACUUCACCUGACCAUGGCAACAAUAACAAUCAGACCACAUUCAGUACGGAAGAUUAUCUCAACAAAUGUCAAUCAAUAUUUCUCAAUGAAACCACUGAUUCAGGCGUAACAAAAUAUGCAUCGCCAUGGCAUAGUCCAAUGCGAAAUUCUGCCAGUCAUAAUGCUGUGGACACACAAUCGAGAGCUGGCAGAUUAGUUUCACCAUUCAAUUUGACUACCCAAUCUCUUGCCAAUGAGUCUACUAGCAACGCUCAUGGAAAUCCGUCUCCCGAAGUUGUCAACACACCACGUGAGAUCACUGCUGAUGCUGAAGGACUUAAGAUACUCUCCGAUGUCUUUGCUGAGGCUCCUGAAAAGAAUUUAGACUCAGGCAAGAAGUCUGCAGCCUUCCACAGCCCUUGCACUGAACAGGCUGCGAACUCCGCCAGUAUACGCUCGUCAACUCGUAGCGAUAUUGAAGUGGUUUCUGCAUUGGAGGAUCGAUUUGCAUCAACACCCACUCAUCACUCCAUUCAAACUGCAAGUCCCUCUCUUGAUCGUCACUAUACAUCCGAGGAUCUGGCUGUUAUCUUUUCUACGGAGGAGCCCCGUGAAUCGACACCAAAACGAGUUACAAGACCUGUUAGUACUCCGUCCUUGACACGCAGAGAUCUUGGUAUUAUUUUUGGCUCAAAUGAACCAGAUGCCACAGAUUCCUUGAAGGCUGAAAAAGACUCGACUACUUCUGACAUUAAUUCCCGAACGUUUGAAGACUUGCGCAGUGCAUCUCCAUUGAACGAUCUACAUGCACCAGCAUCUAACCAAGACACAAUUCCUACUGGUAAUGAGUCAUUGACUCGUCAAGACUUAGGGGGCAUUUUUGCAUCGAGUUCUCCACAAGUCGUACCAUCUUACAGGAUUGAAGAGGCUUCUAAUGUUCCACUACACACAUCUGAACAUCUGGGUAGCAUUUUUGCGUCGAAUUCGCCAAUCAGAGGCAGACCAGGUACCGUCACACCAACAUAUAUGAAUGGGGAUGAUGUCGAUGAUAAUAAGAGUAUGGGACCUUGGACCCGACGUGAAGAUCAUCGUACUUCGACGAGUACUCAGUCUUGUAACGAGAAAGAGAAUUUGAUCGUCACUCCCUCAGCUCAAGAUGGUUCUCCAAAGAGCAAAUCUAGUUUCGUUGAACUUAUCAGAACUACAAGCAGUGCUGUGCAAAAGAAUCAGAUUUUGAAGAACUUGCUGAACCUUCAGCCUGCAACUCAUUCAGCCAUUGCUGCACCUGCCCAUGUUUCUUCGGCUAAUGCUCAAGGUAUUGUUCCUCUCCAAAAUCGCGGCUCGGCAGCAGCAUCUCUGGCUCCUGCUAUGGUCAACAUGACAUGUACCAGUAAAUCCUCAGCGGUGGCCUCGCCCCGGAGUAUUGCCAGUCCAAGCACGCCAGAGAACCGCUCGCGUAUUGGCCGUGGUCAAUCUUUCCAUCGCUCUCCAGAGCAUUUAGGAAAUGAGGACUAUCUUGAUUGCCUAAAAGAAAUUGCCCGCCAUACAUCUAUCAAGCGACGUCAAGCAGAACUGCAAUGA